AUGAGGUCAAGUGUUCCAAGUGCGGCAAAACCACAUGGGGUGGUUGUGGGUUUCAUGUCUCCGCCGUUUACAAGGGAAUUCCCCAUGGCGAUCUCUGUAUGUGCAAAGGGUGGCCCGGUGUUAAGUCAGCAGCUGAAGGUUCUACUGUUGUCGAAGAAGAAUCUACUUCUUCAUCGUGUUGUAUUCUCUGAAGCGCUCCUACUACAUCUCACACCGGAAGCUCGAUUGAAGCUAAUCCUUGAAGAGACUCCCAAAGCUUAUCAGAACCCUACUACUGCUCUUUUAUCCACUACCGCCGGAACCCAAUCGUCGGGAUCGACUACUACCGCCGUUAAUCACCAACCAACGCAACCGUCUUCUGCUGAUAACAGGUCCGGCCACACUAAUUAUAGGGAAUGGGGUGGUCGUGGAAGCUACAUAGGCAGAGGUCGAGGUAGUGGAGACCGAUCUGGUUAUUCCAGAUCGCAACCACAAAACCACACACAAUAUCAACGUCCUCCUUCUUGGGCAUAA